AUGAUACACACCAAAAAGUAUUCCAAAUAAACCAAAAAGUCAAAGAACAGUGAUGAUUUCACUGAGCCUCAUCCAAAGUUAUUACUAGAACGUUUCCCCUACACCACAAAAGAUUUUCAACUUAAAGAUGUUCCCGUACUCCCCAUAGAUCAAACUUUUUUCAAUGAUCCAUUCAAAAUGAUAGAUGAACUCUAUGCAAAAGGGUAUGAAAAAUUUGGAAUUGUAAAACUGAUUCUACCACCAGAUCUAGUGGUGCCAAAUCAGAAAUUUUUCUCUCAAUUAGAGUCUAAACUCCAGGGCAAGAGAAUUCAAACUCGUAUCCAAACACUAAACACCCAAAGAGCUGGAGAGGUAUUUUCGUUUAUUAGUCUUAGAUUUUUGGUUCUAACACUAAAGGAUUUACUGUGUAGGAGUAUAUGAAUCUAGCUAAUAAGUUUGAGUGUGCUCAUAGAUUGCAAGGAGUGAGAGAAGUUUCUAAUCAAAUUCGACAGAACGAGAUAGAGUUCUGGUCAGUCAUAGAUUAUCCAACAUAAUACGAGGAUAUUGAGGUCGAAUACGCAGCAGACCUCUUGGCAUCCAAAUAUGCCACAGGCUAUUAGGAGGGGUAGUUAGGGAAUCUUAAUGGGAUAAACAAAAACAGGAAUUCAAUUUUUUAAGUUCUUCAGGAAAAGAAUGAAAUCAAUGGAAUCUCAGUGCCUUGGUUGUAUUUGGGCAUGAAAUAUGCUAACUUCUGUUGGCAUAAAGAGGAUCUUAAUUUAAAUUCAAUGAACUAUAUGCAUGCAGGAGCUGCAAAGACAUGGUACUCUAUUAGGUUGAUUUAUCACUUAGGUAUGCUAUUCCACCUAGUUACAGUGAUAAGUUCCUUAAAUUCUUCAACAAAGCAUAUGAAAAUGAAAGAAAGUCCAACCCACGCUUAUUGUAUGACAUCACCUGUUAAAUCUCACCUGUGGAGCUGGUUGAGAAUGGAAUUCCAGUUCUAAGAACUGAUCAGCAACCAGGUGAACUAAUCUUAACUUUGGGUGCCACUUACCAUGCAGGUUUUUCUCAUGGUAUUUUAUUUAAAUAAAAUUAGGACUAAAUUGCAGUGAAGCUGUUAAUGUGGCUCCAAUUUAAUGGCUCAACGAGUUCGAUAAAGCAAUGUAAGAAUACCGCAUGGAUGGUUACUUAAAGAAGGUAUUUUUGGUGGAAAUUGUCUAUUUUAGGUGAG